AGCCUUGCCUGCCCUUUCCUGGUUACAACUUUAUCCUCCGGCUUUAAAUCCUAGUGAUCAUAGGGAAUAUGCAAGACCUUGGCAGGGCUCUAUCCCUAAUUUUUGCGUGUUCCAUAGGGUUAACUUGGCUCUGGCCUACACAGAACUGACUGAGGAACUGGGCCGGCUCCGGGAGCUAAGUUCCCUUCAGGGGCGGAUCCUGAGGACCUUGCUACAGGAACAAGCCCAGAGGAGUGGCCAAAGACACUCCCCUCUCUCCCGGGGCCACUCUCCAUCUCCACAGUGCCCUUCGCCAUCCCCGCCAACCCGGGCUCCCCAACCCGGGCCCCAGUGUCAGUCCCCGGUCCCCCAGCGCCGCUCCCCUGUUCCUCCGGUGCCCCCGUGCCAUUCGCCCCAACAGCGCCGCUCCCCUGCCUCACCCUCCUGUCCUUCACCCGCUCACCAACGCCGCUCCCCUGUGCCCCUGCCGCCCCCACCGCCAUGUCAGUCUCCCGCCCCUCAGCACCGCUCCCCUGUGCACCUCCCCUGCCCAGCUCCCCAGCCCCGGCCCCCACCAGGGGAGAGGACUCUGGUGGAGCUGGCCUAUGCCAAGCCACCCAGUCACCACGUGAAGGCUGGCUUCCAGGGGCGCCGGAGCUACUCGGAGAUGGCUGACGGGGCGGGCUACGCAGGAGCUGUCCCCUGGCUUCAGGCGGAGGCCUCCACGCUGCCCAAGCCCCGGCCCUACGGCGGGGAGCUCUACAGCCCCAGCCAGCCUCUCAGCCCCCGAAGCACCUUUGAAGGCAUCCGGCUUCGGUUCGAGAAGCAGUCUUCAGAAGAGGAAGAGUGGGCUGUGCCCAGUCCCCCCAGCCCAGAGGCGGGCACCAUCCGAUGCGCUUCUUUCUGUGCCGGCUUCCCAAUCCCUGAGACGCCCACUGCUGCCUACACCCACGCAGAACAUGCCCAGUCCUGGCCGUCCAUUAAUUUGCUAAUGGAGACUGUGGGUUCCGACAUCCGAAGUUGCCCUCUCUGUCAGCUGGGAUUUCCCGUUGGGUACCCGGAUGAUGCACUCAUCAAACACAUUGACUCACACCUGGAGAACAGCAAAAUAUAGGGCACUCCCACCUCCCUCCAUCAGCCAUUCAUCCCCCACCCCUCACCAGACAAAACCAUUCUCCCAUACUUUGAAUGCUGCAUGAUUCUCGCAGGGUCUGCCCCCUCCCCACCAUGCUACUCCCAGAUACCUCCACUAGCUACCCACAAGUCUCGCUAUGUGUGCUGUCUCCCUCUCCCACUGCCAGUCACCAUUUAGGUCUGGCUCACCCCAGGAGGAGAUGCCAAGAUCCAUUCCCUACCCUUUAUGCUUCCUCAGGGGCUCUGUCCCAGGGAAGUUGGGGACUGGGGCAGGAUGGGUCAGAGCUGUCUGUCCCGCUCUGAGUCUCUUUGUUCACCUUCCUGUUCACAAAUUGUGUGAGAUGCAGCAAAGUCUCUAAUAUCAUGGGGGGAGUGAGGGGAGGGGAAGAGGACAGGGAAGGGAUUUGUGAACUUCAGGAGGCCCCACCCCACCAUGGAGAUGUCUCUGUGAUGUGUACUUGUUACUUUGCCACAACCCACCCCAUCUUAGUCCUCCAUGGUCUCCCCCACUCCAGGUUCUCAGCCCUGCCUGGCACUGAUGUCAGGUGCCAACUCUUCCCUAUGCACUGAGUCUCCUGGGGUGGGGCUCCCCCAGGGAGAAAAUACUAGAUUUAGCCACCCCCUCAUUCCUCUCUUCCCACAUACAUUUGUCCAUCCAUACAUCCCAGGGCUACCUCUCCCUACACUAUUCCUAGAAAGUUCUCCCCAGCUCCCAACUGCCCCCACAGCAGGGAUUGGAUGAUUAACUUUAGAGACUGGAGUGAGGGUGCUGGCCUUCCUACCACACUUGCCUGCCUUCCUGGACCUGAGCAUAAUAUGGAUCUGCCCUACCCUCCUUGUGGCCUCUUCCUCCCUUCCGAAAAUCAAGUAGCUACCCCUAACUCCCACUACCAAGGCUUCAGUUCGAAGUUUCGUGUGUGUGUGUGUGUGUGUG